AUGUCAGACGAAGUUAUUUGGCAAGUGAUCAAUCAUCAAUUUUGUGCUUUCAAAUUAAAGACUGAGAAGCAGAAUUUCUGCCGGAAUGAAUAUAACGUUAGUGGGUUGUGUACGAGGCAAUCAUGUCCCUUGGCUAAUGCUCGAUACGCCACAGUUAAAAACGUGGGAGGGAAAUUGUACCUAUAUAUGAAAACCGCAGAAAGAGCACAUAUGCCUAAUAGAUGGUGGGAAAGAAUUAAGCUUUCAAAGAAUUACAAUAAAGCAUUAGCACAAAUUGACCAUCAUUUACAGUAUUGGCAAAAGUUUUUGCAACACAAGUGUAAGCAAAGAUUGACGAGAUUGACACAAGUGGCCAUUACAGAAAGACGAUUAGCAUUAAAUGAAGAAGAAAGACACUUGGUUGGAGUUAAGCCCAAGUUGAAAAGAAGAGAAGAGAAUAGAGAAAGAAAAGCAUUAGCAGCCGCCAAGAUUGAAAAGGCAAUUGAAAAGGAGUUGUUAGAGAGGUUGAAAAGUGGUGCAUAUGGAGAUAAGCCAUUGAAUGUAGAUGAAAACAUAUGGAAAAAAGUAUUGGGUAAAGUUGAUGAGGUUGAUCAGGAGGAAGAAUUUGACGAUGACGAGGACGAGGAUGUUGAGCUUGAAAGUGAAGAGGAGGAGGAUGAAGACGAUAUGGGAGAGAUUGAAUAUGUUGAAGAUUCAGGUGAUGAUGAUUUGGUUGAUAUGGAAGAUUUAGAAAAGUGGUUGGACGAUUCCUCAGCUAAUGAAAGCGAAAGUGAAGAUGAGAGUGAGGAUGAGAGUGAGGAAGAAGCAGGCGAAGGAAGCUCAAAGAAGAGAAAGGCAGACGACACAAAGUCCAAACUGAAGAAGAAGAAGAGAAAGCCAAGAGUCGAGAUUGAGUAUGAGGAAGAAGAACCAAUACAAACUAAUAUAGCCGUUUAG